AUGCAGUUCGCCUACUUCCUCCUCGCCGCCCCCGCCCUCGUGGCCGCGACCCUCGACCCGGCCACCUCCAACACCAAGGGCGCCUGCCCGAGCGUCUACAACUGCAGCGCGACCAAGGUGUCCAAGGCCAUCCAGGCCGCCGAGUGCUCGCACAACACGCGCACCUCCAAGACGCAGACCUUCGCCGUCUUCGAGACGGACCACCAGUACGACGGCAACAACGGCGCCCCCUACGGCACCUGCUCCGCGUACACCUGCGACCCGCCCACGAGCUCGCAGAUGACGACUGACGCGGACUGCUGGACCUUCUUCUGGAGUGGCGAGGGAACUUCUUCUGGCGAGGGCGCUGGAUGCAUCAAGGACCCCAACACUGGCGAGUGCGGCUGCGAGAACUCUGACGGAACCUUUGUUCCUGGCAGCGACAGCUGCGUCUAA